CGUCGCUACCGCGGGGUAGAGGAUGACGUGAGGAGAGUGGCGAACGUCUCCGGGAGCAGCUGGGCCAGCGGUUCCUACAGCCCCGGAGCCCGGCGUGCUCAGAAGCGCCUCUCGGAGCUCCUCUCCCACCGACCUCUCUUCCUCCCCCUGGGCCGGGCCGCCCCUGCGCGGCCCCUGCGGCUCCUGGCACGGCCCCGCGCUCGGCUGCCGCCCUGGCGCGCUCCACUCUGUCGUCCCCGGACGGGCGCGGACCUGCACGGCCCGGGCGACGGCGGCUGGGGAGGGGGCGCUGGCCCCGGGGCCGCGCAGGCGCUGCCACCAACCUGGGGCUGUCAGUGGAGGGCGAGUGCUGGUUCCGAGGGGAGGCGACGUCCUCCGGGGCCAACGGGCCGCACGCCGAGGCGGCCGUGGGAACGACUCAUCCCUUUUCUAGCCCUGGGGCGGCGCUGGGGUCGGGGUCGGGGCAGAUGGGGGCCCCGCCCCCGUCCCCUGGCCUGCCCCCUUCGUGGGCCGCGAUGAUGGCGGCCCUGUACCCGAGCACGGACCUCUCUGGCGUCUCCUCCUCCUCCCUGCCUUCCUCACCAUCUUCCUCUUCGUCGCCGAACGAAGUGAUGGCGCUGAAGGAUGUGCGGGAGGUGAAGGAGGAGAACACCCUGAAUGAGAAGCUUUUCUUGCUGGCGUGCGACAAGGGUGACUAUUAUAUGGUUAAAAAGAUUUUGGAGGAAAACAGUUCAGGUGACUUGAACAUAAAUUGCGUAGAUGUGCUUGGGAGAAAUGCUGUUACCAUAACUAUUGAAAACGAAAACUUGGAUAUACUGCAGCUUCUUUUGGACUACGGUUGUCAGUCCGCAGAUGCACUUUUGGUGGCAAUCGACUCUGAAGUAGUGGGAGCUGUUGAUAUACUACUUAAUCAUCGACCAAAACGGGCAUCAAGACCAACUAUAGUAAAACUAAUGGAACGAAUCCAGAAUCCUGAGUACUCAACUACUAUGGAUGUCGCACCUGUCAUUUUAGCUGCUCAUCGUAACAACUACGAGAUUCUUACAAUGCUGCUAAAACAGGACGUUUCUCUACCCAAGCCCCAUGCAGUUGGCUGUGAAUGUACAUUGUGUUCUGCAAAAAACAAAAAGGAUAGCCUCCGACAUUCCAGGUUUCGUCUUGAUAUAUAUCGAUGCUUGGCCAGUCCAGCUCUAAUAAUGUUAACAGAAGAGGAUCCAAUCCUAAGAGCAUUUGAACUUAGUGCUGAUUUAAAAGAACUAAGCCUUGUGGAGGUGGAAUUUAGGAAUGAUUAUGAGGAACUAGCCCGACAAUGCAAAAUGUUUGCUAAAGAUUUGCUUGCACAAGCCCGGAAUUCACGUGAGUUGGAAGUUAUCCUAAACCAUACUUCUAGUGAUGAACCUCUUGACAAACGGGGACUACUGGAAGAAAGAAUGAAUUUAAGUCGUCUAAAACUUGCAAUCAAAUAUAACCAAAAGGAGUUUGUCUCCCAGUCUAACUGCCAACAGUUCCUGAACACUGUUUGGUUUGGACAGAUGUCAGGUUAUCGACGUAAACCCACCUGUAAGAAGAUAAUGACUGUUUUGACAGUUGGCAUCUUUUGGCCAGUUUUGUCACUGUGUUAUUUGAUAGCUCCCAAAUCUCAAUUUGGCAGAAUCAUUCAUACACCUUUUAUGAAAUUUAUUAUUCAUGGAGCAUCAUAUUUCACAUUCUUGCUGUUAUUGAAUCUGUACUCUCUCGUCUACAAUGAGGAUAAGAAAAACACAAUGGGGCCAGCCCUUGAAAGAAUAGACUAUCUUCUUAUACUGUGGAUUAUUGGGAUGAUUUGGUCCGACAUUAAAAGACUUUGGUAUGAAGGGUUGGAAGACUUUUUAGAAGAAUCUCGUAAUCAACUCAGUUUUGUCAUGAAUUCUCUUUAUUUGGCAACCUUUGCUCUCAAAGUGGUUGCUCACAAUAAGUUUCAUGAUUUUGCUGAUCGGAAGGACUGGGAUGCAUUCCAUCCUACGCUUGUGGCAGAAGGGCUUUUUGCAUUUGCAAAUGUUCUGAGUUAUCUACGGCUCUUUUUUAUGUAUACAACCAGCUCUAUCUUGGGUCCAUUACAGAUUUCAAUGGGACAGAUGUUACAAGAUUUUGGAAAAUUUCUCGGAAUGUUCCUUCUUGUUUUGUUUUCUUUCACAAUUGGACUGACACAGCUCUAUGAUAAAGGCUAUACUCCAAAAGAACAGAAAGACUGUGUGGGCAUCUUCUGUGAACAGCAAAGCAAUGAUACCUUCCAUUCGUUCAUUGGCACUUGCUUUGCUUUGUUCUGGUAUAUUUUUUCCUUAGCACAUGUGGCAAUCUUUGUCACAAGAUUUAGCUAUGGAGAAGAGUUGCAGUCCUUUGUUGGAGCCGUUAUUGUUGGUACAUACAAUGUCGUAGUUGUGAUUGUGCUUACGAAACUGCUGGUAGCAAUGCUUCAUAAAAGCUUUCAGUUGAUAGCAAAUCAUGAAGACAAAGAAUGGAAAUUUGCUCGAGCAAAGUUGUGGCUUAGCUACUUUGAUGACAAGUGUACAUUACCACCACCUUUCAACAUCAUUCCUUCUCCAAAGACUAUUUGUUAUCUGAUUAGUAGCCUCAGUAAGUGGAUUUGCUCUCAUACAUCAAAAGGCAAGGUCAAACGGCAAAACAGUUUAAAGGAAUGGAGAAAUUUGAAACAAAAGAGAGAUGAAAACUAUCAAAAAGUGAUGUGCUGCUUAGUACAUCGUUACUUGACUUCCAUGAGACAGAAGAUGCAAAGUACAGAUCAGGCAACUGUGGAAAAUCUAAAUGAACUGCGCCAAGAUCUGUCAAAAUUCCGAAAUGAAAUAAGAGAUUUGCUUGGCUUUCGGACUUCUAAAUAUGCUAUGUUUUAUCCAAGAAAUUAACCAUUUUCUAAAUCUUGUAGAGAAUAAUUUUCAAUAACGAAUUUGAAAGACUGUAUUUACAUAACUUGCAAUUAAAUUAAUAAGAUAUAUAUUGAAAUAAUUAUGUAAAA